CUUCAAUUGAUUCUGAUUCUCGCUCCCAGAGAACAUCCGCCGGCGCCGCUCAGUUUCCCUCCGCCGGAUCCCUCUCUUCCCGACUUCGGUGCCGCCUGUAUCUCCCUCACGGUAGGGAAAUUUUUUCACUAGAGAAUCGUGGACCACUUCAUUUUGGGGGCUGCGAUGGAUCUGGAAACGGAGAACAGAAUAGCUGCAAUGCUUCUGAGAGAAGCAGCAGAAUUGAGGCGGCAAGCUGAAAAAGAAGGUGUUCGUGCUUAUCUUGAUAAUAAACCUACUGCCAGGGCUCGGCCGAACUCACGAUUCCUUACUGCAACUGUGCUUGGGGUACAGCAAGGGGUCCCAACCAGAACAUAAAGGAAAUUGUUGUCCGUGUUGAUUGAGAAUGGGACCCCAAGUAUUCUCUUAGGCUUCCAGCAAAUCGAGCUGUGGAAGUAAGUGAAAUGUGGCGAGUUAGGCAGCAAGAGAAGGAAUUGGACAAACGGCUUAGUGAGAGGUCCAGAGGUAAGAAAGUUGAAAUUACCAAGGACAGGAACAUGGGUGAAUACCAUAGGAGUGCAAGUAAGAGCUUCUCUCUACAAGGCAAUGAUGCAAGACCCUCAUGCUCAUCAAGUGAUGUGGUACAUGGGGCCAGCGGCUCAAUCAAAGAGGAGGGUUUAAAGGAUGAAGAAAUUGAAGAAUUCUUGCAUUCCAGGGUGAAGCGUGGUCGAGGUGCAGUUGGUUCAAGGAUGGACGAAACAGGUCCCUAUCGUCCUUCCGGAGAAGACACAAUGGAGAAUCUGUCCACGAGGGAAGUCAGAGUGCAUCGUGUAAUCUUGGGGCCUGAGAAGCCUUCUUCUUUGAGGCCAAGUGAUUCCUCGGAAGAUGAAUCCGAUGAGGAUCGGAGGAAGAAAGCCAACAGGAAGGGCAAGUCGGAAAGAAAGCACAAGUCCAAAGAGAAGUCGUCGUCAUCAUCAUCAUCAUCAUCGAGAGAUAAUAAGAAGAGGAGGAGGAAGGAAGAAAAGAGAAGGAAGAAACACCAUUAGAAGGCAAAACCAGACUUUCAACCACCUUGGCUUCCAUGAUGUAGCUUCUGGUGUAAUGGUUGUGCCGAAAAUUGUUAAGUCUUCUCUACAAAGAGCUUAAUUGACCAGCUUCUUGGUUGUCAGCCAUGGUUUUGGUUGUUUCGCAUUCGGUUGCUGCAAGUGCAAUGUUGGAUAUCUAUUGUCUAGCAGACCCGCCAGAUAAGCCCUAACUGUAUAAGCAACUAUGGGCUUUUAGUUGUACAUGAACAGCGGUUAAGUAACAAACACACAGCUUCUUGGUGGAGAAGUAGGUGAGACAAACACCCUAAAUCAGUAAAUCCCUAAUGAUAUCGCCAAGAAUCUCUUUUCAAAGUGGCAGACAAAUUCCAGUUUGCCAGUGUGGUGGUCAGGUAUUCAAAAGGCCAAUUACUGAAUGACAUGCCCUGGC